GGGCGGCUUCCCGCCCAUGUGCUCGUGUUUGCGUACGUGCCGCAGCCGGCUCCCGGCAGUGGGCGGGGCUGCGGGCAGGGUCUCCCGGUGGGUCACGGCGCGGGAGGCGCGGGGUAGGGAGAGCUUCGUGCCGGGCCCCGCUGCCUCGGCCAGCCCGGAGCCCGGAGAGCCGGGCGCCCUCAGCCGAAGGGCGGCAAUGUUGAUGCUGGACUGCAGUUCAGAGUCUGGUAGUUUCAGCAAUCUGUUUGAGGCAGGAACCAGUGUGAACGCACCUGCAGAUGCCUUUGGUCAGUCUCCAGCUCACUUGGCUGCUUGUGGUGGUGAAGCUUUUUUCCUACUUUGGCAACUGCAGACAGGAGCGAAUUUGAACCAACAGGAUUGCCUUGGGGAAGCCCCGAUUCAUAAAGCAGCAAAAGUUGGGAGUUUGGAAUGUCUUGCUCUCCUUGUUGCUGGUGAUGCCAAAAUUGACUUGUGCAACAACAGCGGACAAACAGCAGCAGACCUUGCACUGGCUUAUGGGUUUCUGGAAUGUGCCAAGUUCCUCACAACAAUUCAGCACACGCAGACAAUGAAACUGAGAGGACAGUCUGGCUACUUGCUAAGUGACAAACAUGGCUUGCUGAGAGAGGAUCCAGCUGCACAGAACCAAGAAAGUGAAACCAACAGAUCCAUAAGCAGGAAGAGGAGAAGAUCGGACGCUGACAAAUGAAAAAGCUCAUAAUCCCAAAAUGAAAUCAAGGGGAAUCCAAAGUCUGAAGAAGCAUGACUGGACUAUGCAUUGAGCAGCCAGAUGCGUAUGGUGGUACACUGUCGCCUUCUGAGAAGGAGCAAAGCUCGUUAACUUUUACUUCUUACAGAAGCCUGCUCUGCUGUGGGUUUGUGUUGUUUUGUUUUUUUUUUUAAUUCCUAGAAUAGUUGUAUUCAUACAGCUAUAAACAAAUGAGCAUACAACAAUUCACUCACAUUUUAUUCUGUGUAAAUACGAGAACAAAGUUCAUAAAAUUCUGUACAUAUAGCCAUUUUUCUCCCACUCCCCUUCUACAAUGCUGUUAUCAACAGUACCAGCAGCAAACAAUGCCUUUGAACAGAUUCAUAGUGCACAAGACAGCUGGCUAUAUGGAACCUGAAGGUAAAGGACAGUUCAUCUUUUGGGCAAGAAAGAAGUCCAUAAAAUAAAAGGACUGGGCAUAAAAUAAAAAUCCGUAAAGAUUUUAGCAUAACAAAAAAUGCUGUAUAAACAUAAAGUUGUCCUAGCCAAAAGAAGAGCAUAUUCGUUACCUAAUAAAUGUAUUUGUAAGAAAUACAGUUCACAUCAAGACAACUCGUAUUUUUAGAGGUUUCAUUAAGAAAAAAUAUUUCUUAAUUUAAAUUACUCGAAGCAACAUUUCUAUUUCAGCUGGGUUUUGAUUGACUUAAAGCAUUAUUUUGAUAAAUAACAAGACAGUUAUAUCUAGAUCAGCUAGUAUUCUGUCUUAACAUGUUCCAGUGUAACAGUGGAAUUUAAAUAGUUUUUGGUCGUUGAGGUAGGCAUAGGUUAUAAUAGGCAUCCUUGUUCCAGAACUCCGGGCCCUUCCAUCCACACCAGCCCUGUCCAAGAAAAAGCAAGACAGCAUUUAAAUCUACUAAGAAUUCUGUUUUUCCUAUCUACUACUAUUGGGUCUAUUUUAUUUUACUGAUUUUAAUCUAAGCUGUAUGAAUUAUUUUCAAAUAUCUAUAGAAUGCAACAACACACAAUUUUCAGAAAGUUCUCUACAUGCCUGGAAACACAUUAACAGAAAACAUUUUGCAAAGUCUCUCUCUCCUCCUUCCUCCCUCCCCACCCUAGCUCACCUCCAAAACAGUAGCAUCUCCCCCCUCCAUCCCUGCUGCUGCUACAGAGAGACUAGUACUAUUCUGAAACUCUUAUCAUUCUCGCAGUUUCCAUUUCUCUUGUCUUGAAUGCUUGCCCUCUUUAGUAAUAGCUGAUAUUUCAGAGGCAGAGUUCUUAAUAUCAGAAGGUGUGCUGUUGAUCAUGAUUUAGCAGAAAAACAGUCAAAACAAAGCUCUUAAGAUGGCAGAGUACUACGUAAGUAUAUGAGGUGCUUUUGAAGAAAAGAGCUACAAACUUUCAGUCCACCUCAGUUCCUCCCCUACCCUGCCACUUUGGAUGAGGAAAGGGGGUUCUGCAUUCAUUUUAUCCUCCUGGACCAUUCCUGAGCACCUUGUAGCUGUAACAGCCUUUGGUUCUACAUGUUCGUUGGAAAUAACUUACUUUCUGUAUUCAUUUCAAGCUUUAAUCAUUACAGGGCUAGCAAAAUGUUUCUUCAACAGCUCUUCUAGUUGGGCCCAACCCAAGGGUGUCAAAUAAAGAUACAAAAUAAAAGUUGCUAUUUGCAACUUAACAUGAAGAACAGAAAAGAAACUGAUUACUUAAGACAUGUAGGAUGAUUUAGCCACAGUUUACAUUUCUGACAAUAUAUGUUUACUCUUUUGUAACAUGCUGUGUCAUCCCUUUUAGUAGCUUUAAAUAUGGAUAUAACAGUACAUACCCUUUAGUUCUUUAGAGUUUUCCCAGUUUUUCAAAACAGCUCAGUACCUGCCCUUUAAACUUGGUUCAAGGCCUGAUCUGAGAAUGCCUAGUGUUGGAUUUUUAAAAAAUAAAAUUUAAAUUUUAAAUAAAUGGUUAUCUUCUCUGCUUCAGUAACAGCAUUUUACAGGCUGAACAGAUUUUUCUGUUGCAUUCAAAAUACCAAACACAUUUAUUGUAUAUACUACUGGGUAAAAGGGGAGAUGGUUUAAUUCAGAGACAGUAAAGAACAUUUCUUUGUACUGUAACAACUUUAUGUGGUUGCUGACCCAAUAUAUCUUCUCUAAAGACAACAAGUUUCAGAGGCUAACAGUAGAGUAGCUUAUGUGCAGGUUAACUGGGAUCUGCACUGCCUCCGUAAGGAAUGGAGAUGCUAUAGAAUGGCCAAUUUGUAUUUGGCUGUACAUUAUUUGUUUAAUGCCAAAAUAUACAUAUAUACAUACAUAUGUGUAUAUAUACAUGUACAUCAAGCCUCACCUUUUCCAAAAUAACAUGCAGAUCUUCUCCUCCAGUGUAAUGUGGGUCUAGAAUCAAAUAUUUUAUGUGCCCUGUAAUCUCAUUCCAAGCCACUCCUAAUAUUGUGUGAGCCAAAACACCUCCACCUAAAAUAGGAGGAACACAAAUUGCUAAAAAUUUUUCACUGAAAUUUAGGCUUGCACAUUUAGCCAAAUAAAAGUAUAUCAACACUUUCUAUUAACAGAUUAGCUUGGUUAUCAAAAUGAUUCUGAAGCUGUUCUACAUAAGAUUCUUUACAUUAUUAAACAACGUAUCUUUACUACAACUAGGGAAGAUUACUUAUUUUACUUUACUUACUACAACUAGAGAAUUUACUUUCCAAAGUUCUUCCAUGUCAGCAAGGCGGGUUAAAUCCUCAACAAUUCCACCACAUGAAGUCAAGAAUAUUUCAAACAUCUGUUUUGCUCACUCUUUCUUUAAAGAAACUUAACUGUAGAAAAGGGAUCUGGAAAACUUCCUGGUUGUAAAAGGACUAAAAUUAGAACAGAAAUCAGAAUUUCUGGAUAAGGAUUAUCUGCUGUUUUCUACUAAGUUCCAUCAAUGGAUAUUAGGGGCAGAGUAGUAAUUUCUAACUCCCCUUCCUCUAGCCUGCAAACAGGGAAAGGGGUUAUUUUGAUGAGCUGGCUACAUGUCGACUCUUGCAUGUUUCUUUCAGAUAGCAUGAGGAGUUUAUGUCCUUGGGAUACUGUAGUAAUGACUCCACACAACAGAUAGGAAUUGCAAAAACCCCAAAAGAACACAAGCGAAAAAAAAAAAAAAAAUCACCAAAACCCACACCAAAAAGCCAACCUCCGCCCCUCCAACAACAACAACAAUUAAACCAAUCUACAAGAAAGCAUUACAGGGAAUGAUAAGUUACAGACUAAAAGAUUUUUCAAUAUAGGAUUCUAAAUUCUUGAAAUUCAGACAAAAAGGCUGCUGAAAGGCCAAAAAUAUUUCAUACCAAAAUCUGGACUUUUUGAGACAGUAACACUGUCUUUAUGGAGUGCCAAAUACAGAUUGCAAGAACUGCUAAAAUUAAAAUCUUGUUAAAGCUGAAAACCGUAUAUUCAAUAUUCUUCAUUUUCUAAGCCACAGCUGUCUUGGAAAUAGUUCAAUUAAAGUUACAGCGUUGUUACAAAUGGCAUUUCUUAUGUUACCAACAUUUCAUAUUAUUAAAACUGGUCUUAAAAAGAACUGGGAUGAUACCCUUCUCUUCAAAGCCAGAUAAACACUACUCUUCUGUCAUGGGAAAUUUUGGGGAACUGUAUGAACUCAGCUCUCGAGUUCCGACUUUAACAGCAGUUUUGAAGAACACCAUUCAGAUUGACUUUUGUUACCAGGUUUUAUACUGAGCUUGGGAGAAAUACUGAGUGAAAAGAUACCAGCCAGACUAAAUUGCAUCGUUUUCCAGGUUCUGUUGGGAAAAGCAUAAUUUUUAAUUCAUCUAGAGUUUUGAUUAACUCUUGUACAAUAAACUGAAUGAGUUUUUAAUUGAAAUGAAAUUCAGCAUAGGGAGGCCAUGCACUGUCAUUGGAAUUCUUCGAUACUUGAGCACUUACCAAUCAUAACUGGAGUUCCUUCAGUCUUGAAAUGAUUAGCAAGCUCUCUUCCCUGCAAUGCUAGUUCAGAACCCUGGCUAGGUAAGAAAAACAACAAUAGAUUUGAAAUCCUCACUAGGCUUAAUUCUCUAAUUAUCCAUUAUACCCGUUAACUACAUAGGUAACUGAUUAGAAAGUGGCUUAGACUUUUCCUGUGUAAACAUCCUGGGACAAUCUGAAAAAAAGUUUUUUAACACAACUUACAGAUUCUGGUUGGACCAAAGAAUCUGCUGUAAGCCUAGUUGCCACUUGAGCACCUGGAGUCACCCAGCUUCUAUAACACGUCUGCUGCUUGUCUCCCACAGUGAGGACAGCUGGUAAACCCCAGUGGGUCCCUCCAAGCGUCUGAAAAACAGACUGGCUACAUCUGUCAGCAGGGGGAAGUCUGAAGUAACAGAACUUCAUCAGAAACAACAAAAAUAAGGUGUUGAUAAAGGUGUUUAUAAUGACAUCUCUUAAGACAGGUUUCCACUGUAAUUGCACAAGCAAUUGCAGUACUCCUACCAGAGUUGGCUUUAAAAAUCAAAUCUCAAGUAACAUUAGUAAUCUGUUCAAAGCAACACUGAACUAAGCUUUGUUAUAAACUCCCUGCUUUCCUUUUCAACUAUGGGGACCAGCUCCAGACAAAAGAAGUCUACAUGGAAGAAAAAGGCACACUCCUAAUACAUGCACGCACUCCAGGAUUUGGAGCUGAAGACGUAUGUCUGAUGGAGACUUGUAUUCCCCUUAGAAGACUGACAGUACUCCCAAAAGUGGUGACAGAAACUAGGCAAGGAAAUUAAUACAGAUAUUUUUAACAUCUUGUCUUUAUAUGUCUUCAUAUAUAGUGGUUAACCUUUUGAAAACCCAAAGAAAGCUUGUGUGCCUGCUUCUCAAGGUCCUGAAGAAAUGGAUUAAAUGCAGACAGAAUACAAAACUGGAACUCUGGGAAAUGGUGCAUUUACAAUAAUGGAUUCAGUACUAGUGCUGCUGGUGCAGCUGUGAAGUCUUAUUUCCAAAAAGAGUUAGAGGUGCUAGCUGGAAAUAAGCCCAAGACAAAAAUGCUAUCCACUGCCAGUGACCAGCUGAAAGAUAUGCAUGACAUUUCUUCUUCUCAACAUGGUAGUGAUGUUGGCUUUUCAUAAUCUUGAAAAACACUGGUGCUCCCUUGUAGCAGCACUAUGAGCAAUUCUACCGAGUUCACAAAGGCAUCUACUCUAUAUUCUUACGUGCAGGAAUAAAAACCUUCAUACUGGCAGAGCCUGUCACAGCUGCUAUAAAUAAUAGGUGGAUCAUCUGCAAAUAUAAGCUCUGGAACAAAAAAAGAUUAAAAUUGGCUGCAUAAAGCUUUACAAAGAUUGAAGAACUGAACUAUUUUCCUACCGUUAAGGAUCACCAUCACCAUGGUCACCUGCUCUUUUAGAAUAUCUACAGUAGAAUUUACUCUAAAUAAACAUGAGUAGUACUUUGACUAGAAUUUUUAUAAACGCUAAGUUAGUAUAUCUUCUUUAUUUCAUGAUUGUAUUUAUCACAAAACAUUCAGGGAUUUGUUAGUCUGCUUAGUGCUGCCUAAAUGAUAAAAAUCCAGUAAUUUAACUUCUAAUAAAUGCUGAACAUCAUUCUUUUUCUCCCAAA